AUGCCAGUGGCCGAGAAGAUCGACACAGAACGCUAUGUGAUCGAGAAAAUCGCGGGAAAUAGGUGCAAGUGGAUUUCUAUUCAGCUGUGCUCCGAAAACAAGCUCCGAAGCUGUGGGCAGCUCGAUGGGGGCUUGUUCGAAUCCGUGGAUGUACCAAUUUUAUCAGCUGAGGAAGCGGUACACCUUGUCAAUGAUCAUCAAUCGGUUGUUGAAGAAACGAUUCCACUUUUCCUACUGCACCUGAAACCAUGCAAGGUAGGAGGACCAGAAGAGGAGCAGCAGCAGCGGUUGUGCUGCUUGAAAAAAAUCAAUGAUUCAUCAAUUUACAUUGCAAUUUUCUGA